AUGAAUUGCAUCACUCGGAAGCGAAAAUCCUGCGAAGCGUGUCGUAAGUCAAAUACUCUGGUCUCAAACCGUCGAUCUGACAUCUGGCUUCGUGCAGGGACGCGGAAGCUCAAAUGUUCGGGAGAGAAAAGUGGGUGUUCCCGUUGUCGGUCAUUAUCUCUGUCUUGUAGAUUUCAAGACAAGGGAACACCCGGAAGACCAAGAAAGCAACUACCAAAACCAUUGCAGCAAGAAUCUUCCAAUGAAGAGCCGCAAAGGGCUAGCUGUUUUCAGCUCGCCUCUGACGUGCCUCAGGGAUCAACGAUCUCACGAGAAAUCGACAAUAUACUAACGGGAAAUGGCGAUUUUGGCUCAUUUCCAAUCGAGCUGUUGGGCCCUGGCCAUCCAACGGGGGCACAGGACUUGCCCGAUCUGUCCUUAGAGACAUUCGUGUCACCUCUGCUGUCUUGCAACUGUACCGAAGAGGUUUCAGAGUCAAUCCGCACCCUGACUCGGGCGCCCAUGUCACACAGCUUCAUACGCAGCCUUCGUGUUGGAGUUGAUCUCGUGGAAAGGCUGCUGACCUGCCCCGUCUGCUAUGAUGUGACGAAAUCUCCCCGAAUCACCAUUCAGAAUGUCCUUUUCAUCGGCCGCUUAAUGGCUGAAAUCACAUCUGGCUACCAUAGGUACCUGAGAUGGUUGAAAGAAACCUGCAACGCGCUAAGUGAUAGAAAUCACCGUGAAACAGUCUACCUUAUUCCUGGUCUUGAAAUUAGUCCAGUGUUGGGAUUCAAGAUCUCUGGCGAGAAACUCCAAGAUCUUAUCAUGAACGGCCUUCAGGCCGAUGCUGAACGACUUACUGCCUUGGCAAGAAGAUUUGCACUGAGACAACGCGACCGCCACAUGAUUGGACACGAAGCAUGUCCUGACGCCGGAGGACGCUGCUGGAGAGAGAAAUACGGCGUUGGUCUCGAUCCACUCGAUGUUUGUCCACAGAGUCCUGCAGCAAAAUCGAUGACGCCGUGCUACCGUGUUGUGGAAGAGGUUGCAAGAACAAUCAAGCAAUUUGCGGAUGCUGUUGCGUGA